AUGCCACCUUCUGAACCUAGCAUUGUACAGCAUUUUGGCAACGCAGAGGUUGCUAAUGGUGGAUUUCUUUUCCAAGGUGUCGUCACCGGAGAUAUUCACAUUGACCAGCGCCCCCAUGAAAAACUCAGGCUUCCCCAGGGCGUUCCUGAUGCGGCCUUCAAUGCUGCCAAUAAGCAACACUUGCCGCUCUGCCUGCGCGACACUCGGACUGAAGUGUUGAAUCAGAUCCGCAAAUGGGCCGACGGCGAUGGACAGGAGAGAGUAUAUUGGCUGAAGGGUAUGGCGGGAACCGGAAAGUCCACCAUAUCUCUAACGAUAGCCCGAGAAUACUAUGAAAAGAGUCGCCUUGCCGCAAACUUUUUCUUUUCAAGAGGUGGAGGAGACCUCGCAUUAGCAAAGGAAUUUGCAACAACAAUUGCAUGCCAGCUUGCAGAGAUAUCGAAUGAACUCCGAAGAUCCAUCGGCGAGGCGAUGGAGGCAAAUCCACGUAUUGAAAGUUUGGCUAUAUACGAUCAGUGGGAAAAGCUUGUUCUUCAACCUCUCUCAAUACAAGAAAACGUAAUCAAUACAUCCCAGUCACCAUAUCUGAUUGUUAUCGAUGCAUUAGAUGAGUGCGAAAGCGAAGAUGAUAUAUCUCAGCUUCUUCAAUGUCUGGGCGAUCUCACGCGACUCAAGCAUGUCCAAUUUCAGGUAUUCAUAACUAGUCGACCAGAGCAACCGAUUAAACUGGGAUUUGGGAGGAUCGAAUCGCUGUCCCGUCGGGACUUCAUCCUUCACGAUAUUGAAAAGUCGUUGGUUGAGCACGAUCUAAGAUUAUAUUACCAGGACAAGCUUGCUCAUAUCGGCCAGAGGUUUCAUAUUAAUCGAGAUCUCCUGUCUGAUGAAACUAUCAACUACCUAGUCCACAAGUCCCAAGGACUUUUCAUUCAUGCAGCCACUGCCUGCAGGUUCAUACAGGAUGGCGAAGAGUUGGCUGGUGAACGAUUGGCGCUGCUCAUUUCGAAGGAUGCCCCGUCUGUCAAUUCAGAAGAGGAACUGGAUCGAAUGUACACCACUGUUCUAACACACUCGUUCAAGCUGUCUGGAAAACUCGACUCAGAAGAAAUGAUCAGAAGAAAGGUUCUGUUUCAUCGAAUCAUCGGAUCAAUCGUUGUAGUAUACGACACACUUUCGAUCACCCAGCUAGCUGAUAUACUUCAAGAACCAAAAGCAGAAAUCAGCAAAACCCUGCAUCAGCUUCAUUCGAUCAUAGACGUUCCCGAACGGGACGACGGGACCAUACAGCUUCUUCAUCCAUCUUUCCGUGAUUAUAUAGUCAAUUCUAAGCGAUGUUCACAUGAGAUGUACGCGAUAGAUGCGCGGAGAGCUCAUAGAGAACUCUUUCGAUGCUGUCUUCGGAUCCUGCUGACCCAUCUCCGUCGCAACCCUUGCAAUAUUCGACGGCCUGGAACUCAGGCACGUCAUAUUUCAAAACUCGAUAUCGAUAAGAACAUACCAUGGUCCGUGCAGUACGCAUCCCAGUACUGGAUGGGCCAUCUUCAACGAAGUCACAUGGACUCUAGAGAUGAUGCUAAUAUAGAGGAAUUCUUCCAAACCAAAUAUCUAUUCUGGCUGGAAACUCUUGCUCUCAUUGGUCGUCUAUCCUAUGGUGUGGCUAUGAUGAUGGAUCUAGACAAACUGUUAGAGGGUCAAUUAAUCGGUCAUCCCUCAUCGAUGACCGAGCUAAGAAAGGGAUUCCGUAUAGCAGCCGAAACCAAACGCAGAUUGGGUCCCAUAGUAUACGAUGCGAAACGAUUCAUUCUCAGCCACAGUUCAAUGAUCGAGGAGGCACCUCUUCAGGUCUAUUCUUCGGCCAUUAUUUUCAGUCCGAAGAACAGCAUAAUUAGGAAGUUGUACUCUCAUGAGAUUCCAACGUGGAUAUCUAAGCUGCCUGUGAUGCCGAAGAACUGGAGUCCAUACAUACAGACUUUGAGUCAUUCGACCACAGUGGAAGCAUUAGCAGCUUCGCCCAACGGAAGGCUAGUAGCCACGGCAAGUGCUGAUGGUGUAAUACGAAUUUGGGAUGCAGUGACAGGUACAGAACGUCAUGCGUUCGACCAGUAUUUCGCCCACUCUGUCAAAGAUCUGGCAUUUUCCGCCGAUGGUAGACAGUUUGUAGCCAUCUGCGAGUAUAAGGAUGUGUCGCGGUCUGCCUUACGUUUCUGGGAUGCAAUGACAGGUUUUGAGCUGCGCUCGCUGAUUCGUGAAGAAGCUACGAUAGGAUGCAUUGCAUUUUCUGCUGAUGGCAGGACAUUUGCCAUUGGUACUACUGAAGGAACCAUUUCGAUAUUGGAUUCGACAACACAUGCUCAACAUCGUGAUCUUCACUGUGAUGCAGAAGCUGUAGUGCGGAUAGUUUUCUCGCCCAACGGCCAGUACUUAGCGUCCAGCUCUGUAACCCACACAUCCUUUCUGAGAAUGACUAAAAGGUAUAAUUCUAAAGCAACCAUUAGACUCUGGGAGAUAGCAACCGGCAAAGAGUUAUGUGUCCUCAAAAAUAGCGAAAAUGAGUCGAUGACCUUCUCUUCUGACAGCAUAUUGUUGGCCUAUAAAACGGACACAAGCAGAAUAUGUCUUUGGGAUAUAAAGAACGCCAGUGAAAAAACCACUUACAAAUGUGAGCUAACGAGCUUAACGUCAUUAUCCUUCCUUCACAAUGGGGAGCUAAGAGCCACCGCAUACUCCGUCGAAGGCAGGCUCUAUAUUUGGACACCAGACAAGGGGUCCCGGGCGUUGAGGCGUCAACCAGACUACAUGCAAGAUAUGGUAUCCUUUCCUGAUGGAAGAUUAGUGGUCACUAGCUACGAGGGUAGAUCGGUACAUAUUUGGGAUGCAGCAACCAGUACAGAUCCAGUCUCCUUGGACAAGGCACGCAGCAAAUUACAGUAUAUCAAAUACUACGCACUCGACAGGUUCAUUCGAAUGAAUCCAAUGGUCGCCAAGCGAUUACCAGAUCCAUUUGCAUAUCGAAAUCCGACUGGUCGAAUGGUCCUUGCUCGCGAAGCGACAAUUCUGGCCACCGAAUAUGGCGACAAGUCGAUUUGUCUGUGGGAUACCGAAACUGGUAUGAAAAUGUCAGCCAUCACGGAUUAUUUCAACUUGGCAGAAAUGUUCAGCCUUUCUGCAAACGGUAAACAGUUUAUAUACUUGGUGGACGAAGAAGUCAUCCGCAUCUGGGAUACAGAGAAGGGACUAGGCCGACAUUCUCAGAGGUUGAAGUCCGACACCGUGCUCUCGCUUCAACUUUCACCUGAUGGGAAGUUAUUUGCUGUUGACUAUGAGAAUAAAGCCGUAGAGAUAUGGGAUGUCAAGACGUUCAAAAAACGCCUUGUUUUGAGGGAAAAUAAGUUGAGUCGCAGGAGGUCAAAAGCUUUCUCACCUGAUGGUAGCUUACUACUGAUUUGGGAUGGUUAUUACAUGAAUUUUUGGAAUACAUCAACCGGGACAUGUGACAUCAGAUGGGAUGGCUUAAAUGAUGAAUAUGUGUCACCGGUGGCUGCAUUCUCUCCGAAUGGCCGUAAAGUGGCAUUCGCACUCCGAGAUAGUCAGACUAUUCAACUCUGGAAUGUUAUAACACAGGAGCUGGAAAACAAAUUUGAGGAACUGGAUCAGAGUAUAGGUCUUCUAACCAUGCUAUCAUUCUCGCCAGAUGGCAAAUACUUCGCCUAUAACACAGAAACAAAAAUUCACCUCUGUGAUGCCGAAACUGGAGUGAAAAUAGUCAGAGUACCAAUAGAUACGGAAGUAUCUGAAUUGGCCUUUUCCUCCUGUAGCACAUGUUUUGUGACUAACCGCGGCCGUUUUCGCUUCGAUGCCGUGCUGACUCCCCAGAAGCAGCGUUCGAUAGAAGUCUUUGCUUCAAAUUCCUGGAUUCAAGUUAAUGGUCAAGAUGCCCUGUGUAUUCAUCCAGACUAUCGUGAUUGGGUGGGAUUUGUUGUAGGUCGCACCGUCGUGUUUAUCGGCGGAGGUCUUGAUGGAGAUCUGAAGGAUGAUAUGUACCUGGAGCUUGCGGAUGAGAUUCCGACAAUGUAA